UCCCAAAAUGAACAGCUUAAGCCUAAUAGUGAUACUGGUUGUGUUGGUCGGACUGGGUUUGACCCACGACUACCGUAUUCCAAUCGGUAAAAAACAUCGUCGUGGUGAACGAAAUUUUGCGACCAGACCGUACGCGGAAGUUGGACGUCGUCAUCGCACCUAUAAGCGUGGAGUGAACAAGACCUUUCCGUUCGAGCUUGGAAUCGGUUACUACUACCAGAUGGAUAUUAUGCUGAAGCCUGAGGAAGCCCAGAACGCUAUUCCAAACAUCUACACAAACAUUAGAUGGCCAGACGCCAUCGUUCCUUACGUGAUUACAGGAAACUUUUCUGCCACCGAAGUCUCCACCAUUCAGAAGGCAAUGACCCAGUACGCUCAAACAACGUGCGUACGGUUUGUGCCCUACACCAACCAGGCUACCUUCAUCACCAUUGACAACAGUGCAUCCGGAUGCUGGUCGUACGUAGGUCAUAGCAUGAACAACAACUACAACCACGUGAACCUGCAGACCCCGAGUUGCAUGACUACGGGAACCGUCGCCCACGAGCUGAUGCACGCCAUCGGAUUCUACCACGAGUUCACCCGACCGGAUCGUGACGACUGGGUGACGAUCGACACUGGAGCAUUGGCCACCCAGUAUCAGACAACUUCAUUCUACAACGCAAACUUUGCCAAAAUGGCGCCAGCGCAGGUUGAGCUGUACGGAAUUCCGUACUACUACGGUAGCGUGAUGCACUACUCCAAGUGGGGAGGCGCCGUGAACUACAGCAGACCGGUGAUGAACAAUAUUCAACCGUGGACCGGAGACUUUGGAAACAAAACCGGACUGUCGACGCCUGACAUCCUUGCUGUCAACUACAUGUACUGUAACAACACUGUAACAACCACCGCUGCGCCAAUCACUACAACAACAAUCUUGCCGACGACCACAACGGCCGCACCUACAACAACUACUACUACUACUUCCACAACUACAACUGCCAAGCCAACCACUACUACGGCAGCUACAACUACUACAACAGCAAAGACCACAACGGCCGCACCUACAACAACUACUACUACUACUACCACAACUACAACUGCCAAGCCAACCACUACUACGGCAGCUACAACUACUACAACAGCAAAGCCUACAACAACGGCAGCACCGACAACGACAACUACAGCGAAGCCUACAACCACAGUGUCGACCACCACCGUGAAGACUACGACCCCGAGGCCGGAUGAUUGGUGUCUCCGGUUCUGAGGAUUCUCCGGAGACAUCUUCUGAGUAACCUGUUACUUUGUUCUGGCAAGAAACAAAUCUAGACUUUUUUUGAUUAGGUCCUAUAAACAUAUGUAAACAUUGAGUGUAUCCCUU